GUGGUGCUCUAGGAUUGGAGUUCCGCCGGAGGUGGAAGUGACGGUACGACGCCCCGCGGCAGACAGGCGACGCUUCCGGUGUGCGUCGGGGCUGCUACGGAGCGGUGAUCACGUGCCAGAAACAUGGCUACAGACUGGCUUGGAAGCAUUGUGUCAAUUAACUGUGGAGAAAGCCUGGGAGUCUAUCAAGGACGAGUGUCAGCUGUGGAUCAGGUCAGCCAGACCAUUUCCCUGACCCGGCCUUUCCAUAAUGGGGUCAAGUGCCUCGUGCCAGAGGUCACCUUCAGGGCAGGUGAUAUUACAGAGCUAAAGAUUCUGGAGAUUCCAGGUCCUGGAGAGAUCAGGCAGUAUGGGGAUCUGCAGCAGACUGAACUGGGUAUCCCUGGAGUUGGAUGCCAAGUGAGUACCAAUCAGAAUGGCACUGGCAAAAUGCUGAAGAAGCCCGCUGCUUCCAGCAGUGCCCCACAGAACAUCCCAAGGAGAACAGACAUGAAGAAUCAGGAUGUCGUCAUCUCCCCACAACAGCAGCAGUGCUCCAAAAGCUACAUGGACCGACAUGUGGAAUCCUUGAAUCAGUCCAAAGGCUUCCGUCGGAGACAUAACUCCUGGUCAUCCAGUAGCCGUCAUCCAAACCAGGUGACUCCCAAGAAGAGUGGCCUGAAGAACGGGCAGAUGAAGAGCAAAGACGAUGAGUGUUUUGGGGAUGACAUUGAAGAACUCCCUGACACCGACUUUGAUUUUGAAGGGAAUCUGGCACUUUUUGACAAGGCAGCCGUGUUUGAGGAAAUCGACACAUAUGAAAGGAGAAGUGGCACUCGCUCUCGCGGCACCCCAAAUGAGAAGCCAGCUCGCUACCGGCAUGAUGAGAAUAUCCUGGAAUCAGAGCCCAUUGUCUACAGACGGAUCAUCGUACCCCAAAACAAUAGCAAAGAGUUCUGCACUGACUCUGGGCUGGUUGUUCCAAGUGUGUCGUACGAAUUGCACAAAAAGCUGCUUUCAGUUGCUGAGAAGCAUGGGCUGACACUGGAGCGGAGGCUGGAGAUGACGGGGGUCUGUGCCAGCCAGAUGGCACUGAGUCUACUGGGAGGACCCAACAGGCUGAAUCCUAAAAAUGUUCACCAGCGGCCCACAGUAGCUUUGCUGUGUGGUCCCCACGUGAAGGGGGCCCAGGGAAUCAGUUGUGGGCGACAUCUUUCCAACCAUGACGUUCACAUCAUCCUUUUCUUGCCCAACUUUGUCAAGAUGCUGGAACCCAUCACCAAUGAGCUGAACCUCUUCAGCAAGACACAAGGCCAGCAAGUUUCCAGUGUCAAAGAUCUCCCUGAUACCCCUGUUGACUUGGUGAUAAACUGCCUGGAUUGUCAUGAAAAUGCCUUUUUGAGAGAUCAGCCAUGGUACAAAGCAGCUGUGGAUUGGGCUAACAAGAACCGAGCACCUGUCCUCAGUAUAGACCCUCCCAUGUGUGAAAUGGAGCAGGGCAUCGAUGCCAAGUGGUCUCUUGCCUUGGGUUUGCCCCUGCCUCUGGGGGAAAGGGCAGGGCGGGUGUACCUGUGUGACAUCGGCAUCCCACAGAAAGUCUUUCAGGAAGUGGGAAUCAACUACCACUCGCCCUUUGGCUGCAAAUUUGUCAUCCCCUUGCACUCAACCUAGAGCUGAUCCCACAAGGCAGCUCAGAGGGGAGAGGUGGGGGUAGAACCCCAUCGAACAAGCUGUCUAAUGGAUCCUGACUAGCAAACUCUUGACGCCUUAAGGAUGUGAAGUUCUGGGGUGGGGGGAACAGACUUUUCUUUUUCCUUCCAGAAGAAACGUACGUAUUAAACACAAAGUGAAGGGAGCAAAAUGUUCCUGCAAGAUGCUUUCACUCUCUCAUGACAUCGUAUGAAAGAACGUGCAGGCAGCUGGUGUCUUUUUGGCUGGGGAAGGCAGCACUGGCUGUUUGGCACCUGGUCACCAGCCAGAGGGCUGUUGAGGAGGGAGGAAGGUUUUGUUUGCUGAUGCAAGUGGCUGUCAGCUAGUAUGGAGAGUUACAAGAUAAUGAGAAUGAUCUGGGGUUCAGUUCAUUAAGGAGAACCCUUUCUGCCCAGCUUGGGGGCCCCUUUGGGGAGCAGCAUCCCAUAAUCAUGUAGAAAUGUUUUUGUUACUCUUUUUUUUUCCUUUAUUUUGAUUUUAUAUUUUUCCUCCAUGAAAACAAUUGGAGCUAAGAUUCUGCCUUCUAGAGCUACUGAGCCUGUGAAGAUUGAGGCUCUGCCUUUUGAGAGCAGGUAUAAAGA